AUGGCAGCUUAUCAGAUCUAUGAAGCUGUUCAAAAUCGAACUGAGAAGGACUAUAUCAAGCACUGCAAUGACACGGACUUGCGAUGGCUUCGUUAUGCUGGAUUGGUGAAAUUUCACGGUGGAGAAGGUUUUGACUCGACCAAUACUAUUCUUCCGGAGAUUGCAGCAUUUUUUGCAUCUGUCAUUUCUUUUGUGAUUGUGGCUGUGCUACCGCACAGGAGAGAGAAUUUGGAUGUAGUUGGUCCAGUUCGACCAGUGCGCAUGGACGAAAAUGGUAGCACCGUAAAAGGUAUUGGCACCAGUUCGCUAGUAGUUGCUCUGAAGAGAUUCUCAAAUUUUGCAAUAAUUGUGAUGUCCGCAUUGGUUGGAUGCAUACAGCCAUCACUUCUCAAUAGCGUUUACUUCUUGUCAUUCCUUUUUGUGGCCAGCUGGUGGGCACUUUACAAGCCACUACGACAUGGUGUAUACAAUAAAGUCAAAAAGUUCCUGCUUUUCUUCGCUGCUUUGCACAUCUUAGUCGUCUAUGUCUACCAAAUCCCAAUCGUACAGGAGCUCUUACCAGGAAAUUCCAUUAUAGCGAGAUAG